GCGAAAUGGGCCUCUGCAGUGGCCUCGCGCCGUGACCCCUCACGGUUCAUCCCGCAGACGAUUGCGCACCGAGGCUUCAGGGCCUCGUUCCCGGAGAACAGCAUGGCGGCGUUCCGGGCGGCGGUCGAGGUUGGCGCGCAUGCGCUGGAGACGGAUGACCCUUCGCUCAAGAGAUGCUUCGGCGUCGAUCUGCUCAUCAAGGACUGCACCUGGUCCUAUCUGUCCAGCCUUCGCACUCUCAAGCAGCCCCAUGAGCCGCUGCCUAGACUGGUGGAUUUGCUAGAGUACCUUGUUUCAGGGCCGGAAACGGAGAAUAUUUGGGUCUUGCUGGAUAUCAAGGACCUCCUGCAGGCCAUCGCCUGUGCCCUCACAGAAGUCUCAUCCGCAACGCCAUGGGACGAGCGCAUCAUUAUAGGAUGCUGGAACAAAACCCAACAGGCAACCUUCAUGAAAGCCGCCCUCGCCCUCCUCCCCGGCUACCCCCUCGCCCACAUCUCAACCUCCCUCUACUACUCCCGCCACUUCCUCCCCAUCCCCAACCUCGCCUUCAACAUGUUCCAGCUCCUCCUCGUCGGGCCCCUCGGCAGCUGGUUCCUCACCAACGCAAGGGCCGCCGCCCGCCCCGUCUUCGCGUGGACCGUCAACAGCCCAAAGUGGAUGGAGUGGUGCAUCCGCAGAAACAUCUCCGCCACUCCUUCUCUCCCCUCCGCCUCAUCCUCGUCUUCUUCCCUCUCAGAAGACCCCAAGCUCACCUCCACUCCCACCUCCUCCCCGGUCCUCAUCGACGGCGUCAUCACCGACGACCCAAAGCUCUUCCUCCAGGUCUGCUCCCGCGUCGAAGACGACCUCGACGGCAAACCGACUUCCUCCGCCGUCACCCGCCGCCCCAACCUCAGCGUCGUCCUCGGCUCGCUGACCUCCGGCCUCGGCACCACCUGCGGCAUCCUCUUCAUCAACGUCUUUGCCACCAGCUUCUUCUGGUAUAGGAGGCUCCAGGGCAGGGUGGACAAGUUUGACGUUGGCUUUUUCAAGAACUUUCAGGGUUAA